AUGGCCCGCCCGGUGCAGUGUAGGAGCGCGACGCUGGUGGCUGUGCUGCUGGCCGUGGCCGGCGGCGCGCGCGGCGGCGGCUUCCUGGGCCACAGCGCCUUCGAGCCGAUCGAGGAGCACUCGAGCGUGUUCCACGAGGCGCCGUCGCCGCCGCAGGUGAAGGUGAUCCGCGUGCCGGUUCCUCAGCCCGUGCCCGUGGCCGUGCCGCAGCAGGUGCAGCGCGUCCACGUGCCCGUGACGCGCACCGUGCAGGUGGAGCGCGAGCGGCCCUACCCCGUCUACGUGGAGAAGCGCGUGCCCGUGCCCGUCGACAAGCCCUACCCCAUCACCGUCAAGAAGCCGGUCGCCGUGCCGGUGCCCAAGCCGUACCCCGUCAGGGUGCCCGUCUACAAGCACGUCUACCACAACAUCGGAGGCGGCGGCGGCCACGGCCACGGCUGGUGA